GCUAUCAGUUUUGUAAGUUAGUUCAACGAGCGUGGUAGAGACAGCUUAGAUUACUUUAUUAAAAGUAAAAUUUAUAAAAAAAUAUUUUUAAUUUUAUAUACUAUAAUAUAUAUGAUAAAAAAAACUCAACGUACUUGUAAAAAAUGAACAAGAAAACUAAAAAUUUAAUGGAGCUAACAAAAGCCGAAUUUUCCAAUUGGCUCAAUAGCUUCGAUACGGUGUUCUCGGAUUGUGAUGGUGUACUUUGGACACAAGGAUUAUCGAAACCACAUGCGAUAGACGGUGUACCCGAAACUAUUGCACUAUUUAAAUCGCUUGGCAAAGAGGUUUAUUUUGUCACUAAUUACUUUUUUAAUACUCGUCGUGAAAUCUGGAAGAAAGCUACAUCAUUUGGCUUUGAUAUAGAUGAAAGCCGCAUCAUAGCGCCAAUAAACACAAUUGUUGAAUAUCUGAAAGCGCGAAAUUUUAACAAAAAAGUUUAUGUAUUAGGGCCCGAACCUAUACGCACUUCAUUAAAUGAGGUGGGGAUUGAAAGUUUCGGAGUUGGCCCCGAAAUAAUACCGGAUGGACUACGUAACUUUGUUGCACAACAAUUGGACGAAAAGCAAGAUGAUGUGGGUGCCGUUGUUGUAACCUUAGAUGUAAAUUUCACUUACGCAAAAUUGUGGAAAGCUUGCAAUUAUAUUCAGUCAAAUGCAGAUUGUCUUUUCUUGGCUACUAAUUCUGAUACGGUGCAUCGUUAUCCCCGAUAUCGUGAUCCAGGUACUGGUGCACUAUUGGCCGCAUUGGAGUCUUGUGUGGAGCGUAAAGCGUUGCGAUUUGGCAAACCGAAUCCGGAGAUUUGUGAGGCAUUAAUCAAAUCGGGGAAAGUUGUGCCAGAACGUACACUCAUGAUUGGAGAUAUCGCCCAUGUCGACAUUUUAUUUGGUCAUAGAUGUGGGUUUCAAACUCUUCUUGUAGGUACAGGUCCUAGUAUAGACCAUGAAUUAAAAGAAGUGCUACAGAAUCCAAAUGCAGAUCCAAAUUAUAUACCCGAUUUCUUUGUGCCUUCUUUAGGUGAUCUAAUGAAACUUAUUUAAGAAUAUAAGUGCACGAUGUAUUACAAUGAAUAAAAUGUAAUAAUGGUUUAAAUAACUA